UCAUUUCAGUCCCACAUUUCCCAACGUUUCCAACAAACAGAGAAAGGGGAAAAAAGAAAAGAAAAAGAAAAUAGAAAAUCCUCUCCUCUCUUAUCGCUCUCGCUCUCUGAAAUAUCGGGCCUGAAUUUCGGCGAUUUCGGCUUCGUUUCGCAAACGGAUCGGUCCGAAACGCGCAUCGUUUUGCUGUUGUAUGUUUUUACGUAUGUAACGCCGAUCUCGGAGCUCGGCGAUUUGUGGUUUCCGGAGAUCUCAACCGCAUUUCGCAGCCUUAUGAACCCUCAGCACAGUGUCCGUAAUUGAUCAGGGAAACAAGGCAUUUGGGAAGGUCUCAUCAUGAGCACCUGGUUAGAGCCGUACACAGGUGAAAAUGGGGGAUUCGGCUAUUCAAAUGGAGCAAGUGCUGAAGAUGUUCAACAACUAGAAAUUUAUGGGGGUAUGGCUGAAGGUUACCAGCGAUCUUCUCUGGUGGAGUGGUUGAAUGGUAUGCUUCCUCAUUUAAGUCUGCCUUUGGAAGCUUCAGACAAGGAGCUGAGAGCAUGCUUGAUUGAUGGCACUGUCCUAUGCAGCAUCUUGAAGAAGCUCAGUCGUGGUUCGAUAGAUCUGGGAGGCAGUCCCAAGUCUAGUCUCCAAAAUGUCAGAAGGUUUUUGGGAGCUAUCAAUGAAAUAGGAUUGCUUGGAUUUGAACUAUCAGACCUAGAGCAGGGAUCCAUGGUGCCAGUUUUGCAGUGCCUUAAUAAUCUUAGAGAGCAUUUUAAUUCUAAUGUUGGGGAAGAAAACUUUCAAAAUCAUUUGAGAAAAAGAUGGGAUCUGACAGAGGUAGGCUCUUUAGAGGGAAAUGAUCUUUCCCAAGGGGAUGUGUCAUCUCGUGGACAACACUCAGCUGAAAAUGGAGGAGAGCGGCGAAGAGAUUCAGUUGAUGCCAAAUUUCAACAUCCUUUGCAUGGUCCUUCUGAGCCAUCAGAUGCUUUAAUACACCAUCUUGGAUAUAAAUUUCAUGAGGUGUUGCAAUCGGAGCAAGGAUGUUUUGCUGAUUCUUCUGAUGCUAAAAUUUUGGACAUGAUAGAGUCAAACAAUUUGGAUAAGGUGUCAACUCGAUUGCUUUUCAACAUAGUGAAUAAGAUUUUGGAUGAUAGCAUGCAAAGAAAGAACGGAGAUGUACCUAAUCGUGUGGCAUGGCUGCUUAGAAAAACCUUACAAGUUAUUGAAGAGAGAAUUUCAAACCACGCAGAGAACUUAAAAAUUCAAAGUAAUCUUUAUAAAGCUCGUGAGGAGAAGUAUCAAUCAAAAAUAAGAGUACUUGAGACUAUUGCAACGGGGACUACUGAAGAAAUGGAGGUUGUUAUGAAACAACUUCAGCAGAUAAAGAUUGAAAAGGCCAAAGUAGAAGAUAAACAGAAACUUGAGGAGCGGGAUGUGGUAAAAUUAAGGGAAGAGAAGGAUCAUAGUGAUAUGGAGAUUUUGGCACUAAAACAAGAACUGGAAGCGGCCAAAAGGACACAUCAAGAUCGUUGCUUGCAAUUAGAAACAAAUGCUAAGGAAGCUAUAAUUAAGUUGGAGAAGAAGUUAAAAGAACUUGAGUACCUUUUAACAGAUUCAAGGAAGAAGGUAGAAGAACUUGAGGCAUUUUCUGAAUCUAAAUCACGGAGAUGGAAAAAGAAAGAGAGAAUCUACAAGAGAUAUAUAGAUUGUCAUUUUGGAGCUUUGCAGGAAUCGAGGGUGGCCUUAGAGUCCAUAAAACACGAAGUUUUGAAGACAAAAAGAAGUUAUGCAGAGGAAUUCAAUUUCUUGGGAUUGAAGCUUAGAGGACUGGCAGAUGCUGCUGAAAAUUACCAUACAGUUCUAGCAGAGAAUCGUAGGUUGUAUAAUGAGGUUCAGGACUUGAAAGGAAAUAUUAGAGUGUAUUGUCGCAUAAGACCAUUCCUUCCAGGACAAAGUAAGAAGCAGACCAUCAUCGAAUAUAUUGGUGAAAAUGGUGAAUUAGUUAUUGUGAAUCCCUCUAAGCCAGGAAAAGACAGCCGUAGGUUGUUCAAGUUUAACAAGGUUUUUGGUCCAACAUCUACUCAAGAGGAGGUAUUUAUGGAUACCCAACCAUUAAUUCGCUCUGUACUUGAUGGAUACAAUGUCUGCAUAUUUGCUUAUGGUCAAACUGGCUCAGGAAAGACCUAUACGAUGAGUGGACCUAAUGUAUCAUCAGAAGAGGACUGGGGGGUCAACUAUCGCGCAUUAAAUGAUCUUUUCCUAAUUUCUCAAAGCAGGAAAAGCUCCAUUGCAUAUGAAGUUGCUGUUCAAAUGGUUGAGAUAUACAAUGAACAAGUUCGUGAUCUACUUUCAAGUGAUGGUCCUCAAAAAAGACUUGGGAUUUGGAACACCACCCAACCAAAUGGGUUAGCUGUCCCUGAUGCAAGCAUGCACCCUGUUGAAUCAACCGCAGAUGUCUUGGAGUUAAUGAAUAUUGGUUUGAUGAAUAGGGCAGUCGGUGCCACAGCCCUGAAUGAAAGAAGUAGCAGAUCCCAUAGUGUUCUCACUGUUCAUGUUCGAGGCACAGACUUGGAGACUGAUGCCAUCUUGCGUGGCAGUCUACAUUUGGUAGAUCUUGCUGGUAGUGAGAGAGUGGGUCGGUCUGAAGCAACUGGGGAUAGGCUUAGGGAGGCACAACAUAUAAACAAAUCACUAUCAGCGCUUGGAGAUGUAAUUUUUGCUCUAGCACAGAAGAGUCCACAUGUACCAUACAGAAAUAGCAAAUUAACUCAUGUACUUCAGAGUUCUUUAGGUGGUCAAGCAAAAACCCUUAUGUUUGUUCAGCUUAAUCCGGAUAUAGAUUCUUACUCUGAAACCAUAAGUACCUUGAAGUUUGCAGAGAGGGUUUCUGGUGUAGAGUUAGGUGCUGCACAGAGCAACAAAGAGGGAAGAGAUGUUAGAGAACUUAUGGAACAGGUGGCAUCUCUCAAGGAAAUAGUUGGAAAGAAAGAUGAGGAGAUUGAGCACUUGCAGCUUCUCAAGGUCAAUGUUAAUGGUACGAUGCGUGGUAUGACCUCAGUUAGGUAUGGGUCUUCUUCUCCAAGAAGACAUUCUGUAGAGACUCCUCGACACAGCCGAAGACUUUCAGGAGGAAAACGCCCCGGGCUUACAGAGAAAGCAGCUUCUGAUAUGGACAACUGUUCAGAUCACAGCGAUAAGCAUUCUGAAGCUGGUUCUCAGCAGUCAAUGGAUGAAUUUAGACACCAGAAGGAACUUUCUCCUCAGUCGAAGCUAUCUGGAGGGAAUUUAGGCCAGCAUUUUACUGAAGACAUUGAGCUCUUGGGCUUUGGGGAUGCAGAUUCUGAGGAAAGAUUAAGUGAUAUUUCUGACGGUGGUCUUUCAAUGGGAACGGAAACUGAUGGCUCAAUGGGCAGUGUUGUGGAGUACACUCUUUUCCCUGAAGUUGCAAAACCAGCUGAAAACCUACUUCCUGAGCGUGCACCAGUUGAGAAGCCACUAAUUCAGAACUCAGAGAAGCCACCUUUGUUUGACCGCAGGCCAAGUUUACCAUCUAAGCUUCCAAAGCCACCCCAAAAGCUGGCGCAAGCAAAAUCUUCUCGGUUAUCAUUGACCAAAAGCUCCUCAAAGGUCUCAUCAAGUGCUAGGAAAACUUUUGCUGGCAGCUCCUCUGCAACAAGGCCCUCCUCCUCCAAACGGUGGCAAUAAAUUUGAAAGCAAUUUGGUUGGCAGAAGAUUAUUUACGCCCACAAUAGCCUGUACUUUCGGUAGGAAUCCAAUGUAGCUUGUAUUCUAACUUUACUGUGCUCCUCACAUUUUAGAUUAUGGCCUGCUUCCAUUAAUUUAGUGUACUGGAAGAGGGAAUUGGAAACAUCACUCUGUAAAAUGUGUAGUUUAGGAUCAUAUGAUUAUCCAUGCUCUUUAUGAUUAUCCAUGUCCAGAUGACAUAUGAUGUAACUUGUUUGGA